CUUCAUUCUUUCUCACUGACUGGGACUCAGCUGGUAGGUCCGCAGAUCAGUCCUCCUGGGAAUUUAGUUGUGAGUGAAUGUGAAGGGGAGCCAGCGGGCUUUGGACAGGUCUUGCGACACAGAAACCACAGUCCGUGGCUUCUGAGAGAAAAGCGCCUUGUGGUAGAUGUCCGGCUCCUCCCAGAUCGCGACGCCGCAUGGGCCUUUGUCGUCGUUUCUGGGCUAGGACGAGGGAGGAAGGUGGACUGUAGAGGGGAGGAAUCACGUGAAGAUGGGGCGAGUGCUGGGCGUGCUGUUGGAGUAUGCCACUUUCAGAGUGAAACAUGAGUGGACAUCAAAGGACAAGAUCCAGAUCUAGAGAAAGAAGGGAUGAUCAAGACUCUAACCAUCCAGUAGGGGCUGUGGUUGCCCAGGAGCUGCCCAGUGAUGACCAAAUUCAACAAGAGGAACCAGCAAUUGAAAGUCAGGAUUAUACACCUGGUCAAGAGAGAGACGAGGGAGCACUGGACUUCCAAGUGCUAGGCCGGGCAGCCUAUCUCUGGGAACUCACUCGGUCAAAGACUGGGGGUGAAUGUGGAGAUGGUCCUAAUGUCAAGGGAGAAUUUCUGCCAAAUCUGGAGCCUGUUAAAAUACCAGAAGCAGGUGAAGGGCAACCAUCGGUUUAAACGAAGACAAGCUGAAACCAUACAUGCAGUCUUUAUGUUGGAAACUCGACCAGUAAAAUUGUCUCAAUAAAGUUUCUCAAUUGUCUGCAAA